UGGUACCCGCACAGCCGUCUCUUCGACCAGGCCUUCGGGAUGCCCCGGCUGCCGGAGGAGUGGUCGCAGUGGUUCGGCACCAGCAGCUGGCCGGGCUACGUGCGCCCCCUGCCCCCCGCCGCGGUCGAGGGCCCCGCGGUGGCCGCGCCCGCCUACAGCCGCGCGUUCAGCCGGCAACUUAGCAGCGGGGUCUCGGAGAUCCGGCACACGGCGGACAGCUGGGGCGUGUCCCUGGACGUCAACCACUUCGCCCCCGAGGAGCUGACGGUCAAGACCAAGGAUGGCGUGGUGGAGAUCACCGGCAAGCACGAGGAGCGGCAGGAUGAGCAUGGAUUCAUCUCCCGCUGCUUCACCAGGAAAUACACGCUGCCCCCUGGCGUGGACCCCACCCAGGUCUCCUCCUCCCUGUCCCCUGAGGGGACGCUGACCGUGGAGGCCCCCAUGCCCAAGCCAGCCACGCAGUCCAACGAGAUCACUAUCCCCGUCACCUUCGAGUCGCGGGCCCAGCUUGGGGGCCCAGAAGCUGCGAAAUCUGACCAGUCUGCAGCCAAGUAAAAGCCUUUGCCUGAAUGCCCACCGGUGCCGCCACCACUGGCCAUGACCCCCCCACCUGUGUACUUUUGAUACGUUUAUCUUCUGUUUUUCUCAAAUGAAGUUCG